UGUCCCGUUAUGUCAUUACUUGGCUAGUGUAAACAAACGGCGGGACCUAGCACAUGACUGUUUGCCUGUCAGCUGAAUGAAAGUCCAUGAUCUCCCAACGGCCAAGAUAGAGAAGCGCUGCGAACUACAGCUAAGGGAUUUCACUAACGUGAAAUCUCUCUGCAGGGUGUUUAAAUGAAUACAACACAAUGGACCGGAAUAUGGAAACGGGAUAUUUAGGAAGGCAGGAACUUAAAAAUCGUUAAAUGUCGUCCGAACGACUAAAGAGACGUGGAAAAGACUUCGUUUCGUUGAGAGGUUAUGUAGCCUGUAUGUGUUGCGAGAACUGCAUUGGCUCACUGUCCGAAGGCACUGGUUCUUGAUAAUCGAGCUGGGUUCACCAAAGGUGUAAGGAGGGCUACUGCAGCAGAACGCAACAGCAUCAAUUUAUCUGUUCUGUUUUAUAUAGGCUUUCCUUGUCCGUACAACGAAUACAUGAACACAGAAUACAUCUGGGUUGAAUGUAGCUACUGGAGGAUUUACACGAAUAUUAUUAAGCCUUCUUCAGUUAGUUUGUCGAUGAAAGCUGAAGGACAAGAGCACACCUGACUCGCAUGGGGAUAGCAUUACGCCUCCUCAGGGCUUUUCUUCUGCACACUCCCCUGGUCCCCGGCACCUCCAACCCGAUCGAAGCUGGCAGGAACGACUCGGAAGCUUAUGAGCUGGCACUGCUGUGCGGGAAGGAGGAGCUGAAGUUCAGCCACUGCCUGGUCAACUGGCUGAAAUGCUACUAUAGGAAGGACUGCGGCAGGGAGCACAUGCUGAUGAAACUGAUCUGCUCAGGAGUGAGCUCCAACCAGAGCGGCCUGUCCCAUGAGUACCCGGACUGCAGAGAGGGGGGCGGCGAGGCCAGCCUGCUGGUGUCCCCGCUGGUGGUGGCGGGCAUCGUCAUCGGCCUGGUGCUCUUCCUCUCCUGCGUCACCAUCAUCGUGGGCAGCCUGCGCAAAGAUGGCCGCCUGCGGAACCCCCACCUGCGCGCCAGCUACGCUCCCGACGGCGUCUCGUACGGCGGCUCCAUCGGGGAGCUGAGGUCCACCUGCGUGGAGGAGUUCCCGCCGCCGUUCGACUUCGACUCCUACGUGGAGACCCUGUCCCAGGUCAACGUCAUGUACCCGGACUCUCCACCUCUAUACGAAGAAUGCGUGGGACCCGGUGCGACGCAGAUAUACGUCCCCACGGACGACCCCCCGCCGUAUUCGCUCAUCGACCCGUGCCAGAGGGCGGACCUCGCGGAGGGGCGGCCGGGCGGGGCCUCGUGGGUGACGGGCGGUGGCGCGUCCCGCCAAUCGAUCGAACUGCAGGAGCUGAGGCGGCAGCCGAUAGCCUCCAUCUCCCUGUCGGCCCCCCCGCUGGACGAGGUGCCCCCUUACGAGGCGGUGGUGAGGGAACAGGGCCGGCCCCUCCCCCUGAUCCCCACGGACCUGCUCAAACACACGUCCCAGGACAGCGGCCCCCAGAGGCCCCCGACGGUCUCUCACAGAAUCCUGUAGGCCGACGCCCCGCCCCAGGCACGACCGAAACACUCGCCGAGGUCACGCCCAUCUUCCUUCCCAACCUCGUUCUUUCCCUCUUUCCCCACAUCUUCUUUCUCCUUCUGUUUGUGUGACUCCAUCCCUCCCCACGUUGGAAACGACAAGAAAACAGAACGGAGCUGCAUAGUUGCCUGGACUAGGGGCAGCUGUACUGAACACACCGUGUUUCUCUGGGAUUGGCUGUGAACCAACUGCCCCCCCCCCCCCCCAACCCCCUGCCCCUCCUCACCAUGGACCACCGCCCUGUAACCACUGAAGAACUGAAGUGCUUUGGUUGCGGUCCAGGACCAGUUCAUGUCAUGUUGCGUUCUUGGUGUAAAACAUGUGAAGACAUUAUGCUGCCAUGUUUCCCUUCUGCUGUAAACUUUAUUAUUAUUUUUUUAAAUGUAUUUUACAAAUGGUAGCACCCAGAUUGAGUAGAUUCAGCUCUGUGGCUACUGCCUCUUCUCACACAGAAAUAUACAGUACGUCUGUAUCAGUACCUCUGUCACUUAUUCAGUUUCUGUUUUCUUAAAUAACGACAUUUAGAGUGAUAUAUGCAUAACAGCGUCACUCAGAGUGAGGCAAGGCCAAUGAUCUGACUGGGUGAAGAGAAAUUAAGAGGGGAAUCACAUCACAACAUAUCCCGACCGUAGUCCUACAGUCCUUUAUGUAAAUGUGUCCAUUAGCAUGUGUCUGUACGAAGUAUUAUACAUUAUUUGUAAUAGAGUACAACCAUGUUUUAUGGCUUAUUUUCUAUGGCCAAAUUUUAAACCAAAUUCCAGUUGAGAUUCAUUUAGAGGUUUUUGUUGUUGUUUUUCACUACCGGUGUGAUCACUGACCUUUUAUAUGAAUAUCUUUUAUAUAGUUUUCCAGAACUGAAAUACAAAAGACAGGAGAUAACGGAGUAAUUUACAUUAUCUGCAAAUGUUCUCUUUGAAGGCGUUGACUUGGUUCGAUUCAAAACUGCACUACCCCUGUUGUGAGAUGGCAUGGUCCUGCGUGUCACUUCAGCUUCAGUCAAAAUCCUCAUUUGUUUUCGGUUUUUGGCUUCUUGCUGUUUCGUUGUUUUUUUUUUUUUUUGCAAAAAAAAAAAACAUAGAAAGUAUUGCAUCUCAAUGUGUCAUUGCUUAAUUGUCUUGAAGAUUACCGGUUAGAUGGUAUGGCUGUGAUCCAGCUCAGUAGACAAUAUGCAAUAGAAAAAGAUAAAUUAACUUGUCUGUUUGCUCAUGAGCAACUAGCACUGCUUUGCUGUUAAGUUAGAGGAAAGAGCUAAAUUAACCUUAAAAGCCAUAAUUUUCUGUGUACACACACACACACGCAAACAGGAAAAAAUAGGGAUAAAAAUAGGGAUGAUCAAUUUGAGACAACUCCGGUAUUGACCAAACUAGCGGGAGACAUCCUCUGUACACUAUACUACUUUGGAAUUACUUUUUUAUAAAGAGCACUGAGUAUUUUUAAACAGUGUCUAAUUUAGCACUGUCCGGAUGUGACUGUUAUUCGUCUGUUACGCUUUCAAAAUGUUAAGAACUACUUGGCUGUUGAGCUUUACUGUUUAAGUCCAGGAUGCAGUGACCGAGUAGUAUUCGAACAGGUGACAUCUAAAACAAUGGCUUCCAGUAACGGCUGUUCCUCAACCAAAAUUCCCGAUGCCUGUAAAAUACUGAGACUGUUACGUUAGCGAAAAACCGCUGAGCGCAUACUUUCCCGCGACUGAAGAGCUGUCUGGAGGAAGGGUGAGAUUCGCAUUUAAUUUAAACUGAGUGCGGUAGUCUCUGGGUGAGCGACCCAUUAAACGCAGGUGUGCCGGUCUCGUUGCGCAGUUUAAAGCACACCUCCCUCGGCAGAAGUGUUUAUAUAUGAAGCAUGAAAUUGUAUAUCCUGAGAAAUGCAGAGCCUCUCUCAACAUGUAAAAUAUCAGCACUCCACCGUCCUCUUCUCGUGCAUAGAAAUAGGUGCUGAAAUCAUGCCUGAAAGAUUCGUUUUUAGAAAUGAUUGAGAUGCAUGACUGCAUUGCUGGCAUUGUGAGAAAAAAAAUCUAUAAAACCCGUUAAGUAUGAAAUGGCCUUUUGUGAUUUUGUUUAGAGUAGCUCAAACGGUGGAUGUGACCGUGAAAGAUUUUGAAUUAGAGGAUUCGCUUGUGAGUUUCUCUUGUUAUUUAGAUAUUCUGCAAAAAGGAAUGCUUCGCUCUAGAAAUGGAUGCAUUAAGAGACGAUUCUAAUUACACAAAGCGUCACACAAAGUGUGAUUAUUCUUUAUAAUGUUCAGAGAUCUACCUGCCACAAACAAACUAAGACUGGGUCUGGGGCACGGUGUUGAAACCUGGGAAGAUUGUAGAUUAUUGUAGAAUCCUGUAGAUUAUAAAUGACAUUUAUUGCAAUGUAAGCCCCUAGCAACAAGUAACUGGUUUCUGGGUCUUCUCGACACUGUAAUUACAUUAAUAAAUUUAUUUACCAAUAGCUGGUGCAAAACAAAACCCAGGCUGCUGUAUAAUUGUCAAAUUAUAGGCCUUGUGUCACAGCUGGUUUUAAGAUGUUUACUCUGUGAUAUCUGUACAGUGGCGUAGUAUGUGUGCACCAUGAUUAAGCUGGCACGCAUAGAAAAGCAGUACUGUUUCUGCCUUUGAAUUUCACUCGUAGGCUACUACACUUGUACCUGUAGUCGGGAAGCUUUGUCCCAGUCAGUACAGAACACAGUUAUAAUGCAAUAUAGAGAUGACAAAGGUCUUGCCUGCUGUUACCUGUCCAGUGUCUUUGUUUUUCCUGUUGUUCUUAUAUAACACCAUUGGUACAUGUCCUUUUUGUGACCUGUGAGAUGAUGACGCACCCUGACACCCUCACACACUCUCAGCGUAAGGUGUGUCCGUUGCACUGUGGUGUUCAGACCUGGGUCAAAUGCGUAUUUGUUUUGGACUCAAAUACGUUUCUACGCUUUACUGAUCUGGCCUUGGCAGGCUCAGUUGCACCAGGCAAGAUCAACAGAGCACAGAAGAGUAUUUGAAUCCAAUCCAAAUACGUAUUUGACCCAGGUCUGGUGGUGUUCAACUGUCUCUAGUAACCAUCUCUGUUUACUAUUAUUGCCGUUGUCCACGUAUAUCCCCUUGUUUUGUAUUAGAGCUUUCCCUUUUUAAUUUAUAUUCUGAAAAAUAAACGAUUGAGACUCAUUUCCAGCGCGUCUCUAACAUCUCA